AUGGAAAGAGAGUUUUUAUCAGAUGUUGUAGUUGCAAAUGCCCUGCUAGAAAUGUACGCAAAAUGCAGAAGCAUACACAAGGCACACGAACUGUUUGGGAAAAUUUCUCAAAGGGAUGUGGUCUCUUGGAAUACAAUGAUUAUAGGAUAUGCACAAAUUAGUGCUCUUGACAAGGCUAUAAUAUUUUUUGAAGAGAUGGCUCAGCCAAAUGUCAUCUCAUGGAAUGUCAUGGUUGUAGGAUAUGCACAAUGUGGGUUUGUCGUAAAGGCCUUGGAGACAUUUAAGAAAAUGCAAUCAACAGGUUUAAAGCCAAAUUUUGCAAUGUUUGUAAGCAUCCUCCUAGGAAAUGCCAUAGUGGGAGCUUUAGAAUGGGAUAUGGGCAUCCAUCAAAGCAUAGUUAAAUGUGGGUAUAUGUCAGAUUUUACAAUUGCAAGUUCCUUGGUAGAUAUGUAUGCAAAAUGUGGAAGCAUACGCAAGGCUUGUUAA